AUGGCACCAUGCAUCAAACCGCAACAAGAAGCACAAGAUCUGCAAGACCCUUUCGAAAAGCUGGUUGCCCCUCAAGCUGCUCCCAGGAAGCACGAAAUAGUGCACAGAGCUGUUAUCGGUUUGGCUUAUGUUCAUUUGGCUGCCAUAUAUGGACUGUAUCUAGCGAUUACUGCUGCUAGAUGGUACACGAUAUUAUUCAGCGCCACCACAGCAGUCGCAGCGGGGAUAGGUGUAACGGCUGGAACGCACAGGCUCUGGUCCCAUCGAGCUUACAAGGCUAAACUGCCGCUGCAGAUCAUUUUAAUGGUGAUGAACAGUUUGGCCUUCCAGCAUUCGGCGAUAUCCUGGAUACGGGAUCACCGAAUGCAUCACAGAUACAGCGACACAGACGCGGACCCGCACAACGCGACAAGAGGUUUAUUCUUUUCACAUAUCGGCUGGUUGCUCGUGAAGAAACAUCCCGAAGUGCUGAGGCGGGGGAAAUACAUUGACAUGUCUGACAUCUACGCCAACCCCGUGCUACGGUUUCAGAAGAAGUACUUAAUUCCCUUCAACUGGACGAUCUGCAUAAUACUUCCUACACUUAUUCCCAUGUACUUCUGGGGGGAGUCGUUCAACGUCGCCUGGCACAUGGUCAUGCUGCGCUACGUGUAUAGCUUAAACGUCGUGUUCCUGGUGAACAGUUUCGCGCAUAUGUGGGGCAACAGGCCCUACGACAAAUCCAUCAGGCCUACGCAGAAUUCGUUGUUGUCCUUCUUAGCGUACGGCGAGGGUUUCCACAACUACCACCACGUGUUCCCGUGGGACUACCGCACGGCGGAGCUGGGCAACAACUGGCUGAACCUCAGCACGCUGUUCAUAGACUUCUUCGCGUGGGUGGGCUGGGCGUACGACCUCAAGACGGUGCCCGAUGACGUCAUCAGCGCGCGGGCCGACCGCACCGGGGAUGGGACGAACAGCUGGGGAUUUAACACAAAAAGUAAUUAA